AUGCGGCAUAUUACUCUAGAUGGGCUACAACGUAAUCCAGUUGAUUCUUGGAAUCACAAUGCCUUCUUACAGCUGCACGAUUUGACACAGCAGGCAAUGACUGUCAGCAAGACAUCUGUUUGGGCUGAUAGUGAGAACCCAAGCCAAGAUUUUGUUCCAGCUGACCCAACCCAGGAGUAUAUCCCACCUAGGCCUCCCAGGACUGACCGAGGCGGCUUCCAGUUAGGGAGUGGGAGAAUGAGAAAACCUGUGGCCACCCAGAAUACCGGCGGGCAAUCUUCUACCCCCCAUGUGUCUCCUUACCGUCCAUCAUCGCCACACCACCAUCCCUCUCCUCCUUUUGAGCAAAUGCAUUUUGAUUCAGAUUUUAUUAAUCUAGAUCCUAAUGCUGGGGGUUUCUUUCAGACUAGUUACGAGAGUGGUCAUCAUACGGAACAUAAAAAAGAAGAAAAAGUGCUGCAUGACAGAUUCUCAGGAGAAAAAGCGCAAGAUGUAGAACUAUUAGAUUGA